CUAGAAUGGUUUACUGGAGGGGGAGCUAAAUUUGGGUGAUGGGGGGUAACGUAACUGAUGGGUAAUGCUAUGACUUCCCCUCCACGGGCUCCGUCAUAACUGCUGUCAUCGUCUGUUUUUUGUUUGGCCAACUUUGCAAUUCCUGAUAUUUUAUUUUCUUCUUUGCGAUUGAUAGCUUAGAAGAUUUUAUAUCAAAGGCACAGACUUGCGCUUCGUUCUUAGACAUUUGACCCAUCCAAGCUAAGCUACAGCUUCAUUGUCGCAUUCACCGCCAACAACGCACAUCGCAAAUAUGCAGGUUCCUCUACUUCGUCUACAAUGCGGCGUUAACUCGUACGCCUGGGGAAAGAAGGGCAAUGAUUCUGCCGCUGCGCGAUUUGCGGCCGCUACGCCCUCUGACGACCUCAAGAUCGAGUCUGAUACCCCAUACGCUGAGUUGUGGAUGGGAACUCAUCCCUCGAACCCUUCUCGAGACCUCAACACCGGCCGAACCCUCCUCGAUCUCUGCGAGGACAACCAGUCCCUCCUCUCCCAAACCAUCUCCUCCCACUACGGCAACAAGCUUCCCUUCCUCUUCAAGGUCCUCUCCAUCGCAAAAGCGCUCUCGAUCCAAGCCCACCCCAACAAGAAGCUUGCCGAGCAACUCCACGCUCGCGACGCAAAGAACUACCCCGAUGACAACCACAAGCCCGAAAUGGCCAUCGCCAUUACUCCCUUCGAGGGUCUCUGCGGUUUCCGACCCCUCACUGAGAUUGCUCACUUCCUCGAGACAGUGCCUGCGCUGAGAGCGCUUGUUGGCGAAGAAGCUGCGAAGGAGUUUGCACAGGUUGCCAGGGAUGGUGAGGAAGGUGUUACGGAUGAGAAGAAGAAGUUCUUGAAGAAGGCUUUUGGUGCGCUCAUGUCGUCGUCUGCUGAGGAUAUUGCUGAGCAGAUGCCCAAGCUUGUUGGGCAAGCGGAGAAGGAGGGCGCUGAUUUCGCUGGCGGUGGUGUCCCUGCUACCUCUGGCGAGAAGCUCGCUGAGCUUGUGAAGCGAACACACGGCGAAUUUGGUGACGACAUUGGUUGCUUUGUGCUCUUCUUCCUGAACUUCGUCACACUGGAGCCUGGCGAGGCUUUGUUCCUUGUCGCCGACGACAUUCACGCCUACAUUUCCGGCGACAUCAUGGAGUGCAUGGCAGCUUCCGACAACGUCGUCCGCGCCGGUUUCACACCCAAGUUCAAAGACGUCACAACACUCGUCGACAUGCUGACCUACAACUUUGCGCCCAUCGAGCAACAAAAGAUGGCACCCACCGAAUAUCCCUACGCAACACUCAACCGCAACGCCUACAGCUCCGGCUCAGCAGUGGCACUUUACGACCCCCCCAUCGAGGAAUUCAGCGUCGUGCGCACCCUGCUCCGCGGUAACGGCGCAAAGGCUACUUUUGAGCCUAUCGAAGGACCCAGCAUUGUCAUCUGCACGAGUGGAAAGGGAAGGAUCGCUGUUGGACCUACGAGCUAUGAGAUGAAGGAGGGGUAUGUGUACUUUGUGGGUGCUACGGCUGAGCUUGUGCUUGAGAGUGAGGGGGGUGAGGAUGAUGAGUUCACGACGUUCAAGGCGUUUUGUGAGAUCGAUGACUCUGAGAAGCAGAAGCUAUAGAUGAUAUUGGAGUGAUGUGAGUGUGAAAAUUGGUGUUUGUGGUAGAUAUACUUUUAAUGAGGAAUAAAGAUUCAUGAUGG